CUCAUUGUAAUUACUUAUUUUAGAAAGACUUCUCAUUCUACAAAAGAGAAUGUCAAAAACAGAAAUGCAAUCAUCAAAGAGUUUUGUCCUCCCUUACAUAAAGAGUGCGCGAUUUUGGCCAAUGGCAAGGAACGUAAUUUACGUUCUCGAUGGGAUUGGUUGCUUGAAGGGUUUACACCCACAAAUCAAUACUAUAUUCACUGGAUAACGGUAAGCGAAAAUGUUGUCUAGGGAAUAUUAACCAUAAGAAAUACAAUCCCUUCAUCAUACCAUGUUAAUUUAAAGUAUGUCGUGGUAUUCUCGCCUUUAAUGUCAAUAACGAUUGUGACUACAUCAGCAUGUCUUACACAUUUUGCGUAGAGUGGUGAUAUUAUAAAUUGAGAAUCCCCAGGGAUACGUUCACAGUCAAUGUAAUUCUGUUAUUAAGGAUAUAUUGAAAUCCUAAUUUUAUUUGUGAAAAGCGGUUAAAACAGUGAAACGGGACAUGAGUAGCCGCGGUCAGUUACCAGACUCGUCUUCUUCACCUCCUAUCAAUAUGCAAUUUGGGGGCUACAGUGCUGGAGAACUUUCAGAAGAAGAAGUGUCAGAUCUACCGAGCUGUGCUUUUGCGUCUCGUCAAACUUCUAGCUCCAAUCUGCAACAUCAUUACCUAACAACUCUACAUCACAAUUCAGACAAUAAUCAAUGCGGAGGCAGUACUUUAACAAAUUCCGACUACUACGGAACGUCUCCAUACAGAGUCCAAAGGCACGCAGCCAACAUCAGGGAACGGAAACGGAUGCUGAGGUCUGCUAUUGGACCCACCGGCAGUAUCAACUCUGCAUUCGACGAGCUGCGUAUGCAUGUUCCCACUUUUCCUUACGAGAAACGUCUCAGCAAGAUUGAUACUCUCAGAUUAGCUAUAGCCUAUAUAGCUUUGCUUAGAGAAGUUCUGACAGCUGACUGUGAUCCACUAACAUACGUAGAAAGGUGUUUAAGAGGGGAAAUUAAAGCAGACAGAGCUAACUGGAAUACAAGUGAUCUUACAGCUAGAUUAUCUUGGAUCAACUGGGAAAAUCUUGGAGUGAGUCCUAACAGACGCAGCGCUCUCACUUCUCUAGCACUGUCUUCAGAUAAUAUUAAUCAUUAAUUAUGUUUUCUAGUUUUCAUAUGUUAUGUGCAAUACUAAAAUAAUAAUUAGUAUUUGUUGUUGUUUCAAAUAUUAUCUGUUAUUAAAAAAUGU